AUCAGACUGAGUUGUCAUUUUAUUUCCCUUCACUUCUGCUACUUGAAUUUGCGAACAAUUUGGAGCAUUGGCAGCGACUCAGAGGUGUUAAAACAGGCUAAUCAAUAAUAAGUUAAUAAUUAGCUAAUAAGUAAAUAGUGGGGUUUUUGUAUUAAGCCACCUUUUCUUUCUUUUAAUUCAUUGAAUGCUGACGGAUCUAUUUCUGCUCACAUUUAGUGUCCUACUAAAGACAACAACAUUUAUGUUCACAUACAAACGUGCUCUGAAAGGUUGAUGUGUUUCACUCAAAGGUGACAGACUGCAUUUCCAAGUUUUGAGCCAGUCCAGUGCCGAGGUAAUACUCACACGAACAUUGUCAUUAUUCAAAAUCCAUCUGUGACAGACCUGACAAACUAGAGGUUGACAUUACAGUGACAACUGAACCUGUUUCAGUGCGAGGAGUGGCAGCAAUUUGCAGAACAUAACGACGUCAGGCCCUGUAUGCCUAAACAGCACACCUUAACUGUGUGUUGAGAAAAGAAAACUGAUUGUGUGUUUGUGUGUGCUGCAUAAAAUAAAUAUUCAGGAUGAAAAAUUAUGUCAGUCAACAAGAUAAUAUAAAGAGACUGAAAAGCCAGGGUUCUUGAUGCAGUUCCACUUUCAGCCAGCAGAGAGCAACAUAGGCUGAAGAUGAAGGCUCCACUGUCACCACUACUCAUCCUCAUACUUCUGUCACACCUUUUAUUUUUUAAACCAUCAAAUACCUACAAAAAAGCAUGUUACCAUUUUUUCUGCUGUUUUUAACACGUGUGUUUGCUUCCAAUUUCUUAAAAGCACUGUAGGCAGAUCGAGGCAACACUCAGAAGACGUCCACACACUUGACCGCACACUGGACACAGACCUGUCUGAUCUACCUGCCCUCAGUAUGGACCUGAGAUUCCUGUUUGUAGCUUCAGCUCUCCUCCUGGGGGCCGCGCUCACCAUCUCACUGGCAGACCGCGUCUCCACAUGCAAAGUCAAGUGGCUGUUUGGCAUCUCGUGCGCAGAUGUCACUGAAAAGCUGGUGAACCAGAUCAAAGAGUGGCAGAUCAGCCAGAGCUGUCAGUACGAAGGAGAGAGGUGCUCGUACGAGCUUGUGUCGACAGCUCCAUACGUGAUCAAAGCCACGCACACGUCUCCAACAACCAAAAUAACCAGCGACCUUGAGUUUCUUCUGGAGCAGUCCACCGUCUGCAAAAUGAGUGGAGAGGCAGUGUCUGAGUUCUCCAAAGACCCGGCUGAUAACAGCACAAACUUCUGCAGCCUUCAGAACCUGAUGGACGGAAGUGACCUGGUCAGUGCUGAGGGAUACAAACAGUUCAGCAACAAGUGGAUCUGUCCUGGGUUUGAUACCGCCAACUGCACCUUAUCUUAGGUGGAGAUCGCCCUUGCGCUGAAUGCCACUUCAUGUGCAGGAACCACUGGAAGACUUCAGAGAAAUCAGUUUAUCUUUCUGUUGUAUUCUAAAUGUGUUGUGAUCUAAAUUUAUGAUUGCAGUUUGAAAUGGUUUAGUUGACGUAGGAUUUUCACAUGAAUGUAAUGAUAUGAAACUGACAGUAGUUCCCAACCUGGGGGUCCCGUUCCUCCCUAAGGGUCACCAAAGCUUCACGGGUCACAAGGCCUUCUUGAUUUUAAGGGAUGUAAGAAAUCCUUUCUUUUAAAAAAUAUACUGUUGACCCUUAUCUCUUAAUUUCAUGCAUAUCUGUGACAAAAAGAUAAAUAAAUUCUUUAAUUUUAAAGUUUAGAUCUAAAGUUAAACCUCACAGGGUAAGGGCACAAUGAAGAACUAAACACAUGCAGUAUUCACAAAGCGUUCAUUCUCUGCUAAACGAGCCUGGUCUCUCUCCGAAAUCUUAAAAAUACAUAAUACAGAGAGAGAAUUAUAUAAAAUUUUACCAAAACUAUCAGGAAAACUCUCUGAUGUAAUAUUAAUAGGAAAUUAUUGGCUCAAAAUUCAUCCAAAUCAUUGUUUUUCACAAACUUCCUGCAGUUAUUGCGUUCAUUAUUUGGGUUAAUUGGACAGCUUAUUAGUUCUACUACUAUUAUUGGUAUGUAUAAAUAUAAAACCCAUAAAAUAUGUCACAUAGUCAGGGGUCGUGAGUUUACUCAACGAUAAAAAAGGGGUCCCUUAAGGAAAAAGGUUGGGAACCACUGCUGUUGGAUGUUGAACAGCUGAUGCCCCUGAACAGUGUUUAAAUGCUG